AUGUCUAAAGUUUCAAUCGCAGUUAUUGGUCUUCACGGUUUCAUCGGAAAACACGUUCUUGCAGCAAUCAACUCAGGCAAAUUUGAUGACAAGAUCCAAUUCCCUGUCAAAGCCAUUACUCGUAAAGAUGAUUCCAAAUCAACGGACAAGAUCCAAUACGUUCAUGCACCCGAACUUUCUGAUCCAAAGCUUGCUACUGAGCUCAAGGGAACCGAUGUGUUAAUUGAGUUAACUACACCUGCGCCAGAUGUAUUUAGCAAUGUUGAAAAAUUGAUUGAGGCCAUCAAGCCCAAACUCUUUAUUCCCUCACAAUUUGGUACUGAUAUUCCCCAGGUUGAUACUUAUGCGCCAGGGUUCCUUACUUUAAAAAGUCAACACUCAGAAAACGUUCGUAAAUUGGGUGUCAAGGUUGUCGACAUUAUCACCUCAUUGUUUGCUGCCCCUGGCGCUUUCUUAUACGAAUGGGUCGGUGCAGUGGGUGUUACAGAGCAAGGUGUCAACGUCAUUGGUGACAUUAAUCAAAAGUUACACAUUUCCAAGUUGGAAGAUGUCGGGAAUGCAGUCUUGGCAGUGGCUACGUUCCAACCAAUCAAGGAUUUGCCAGAUGUCGUCCAUGUUGCCAGUGACACCGUUACAGUAAAAGAAAUCAUUGACAGAUAUAGUGCUUCAAAGGGUAAGGACUUGAAAGUGAUUAGUGAAAUUAGUGCAGAAGAAGGUAAAAAGCAAUUUGUUGAUAAAUUAAACGCUGGUUUUAACCCCAAAGAUUUUUUCUUUUACUUGCAAGUAAUCGUUGCACAAGGUUUGGACAAGGGAUUGUACUUUAGCAAGUUGGAUAAUGAAUUGCUUAAUCCCAACGAAUCGAUUUGGAAAUGGGGUGAGUUUUAG